UUGAUUGUGAGUAACGGAGCGGGCUCCGAGUAGAGUGUAUCGCGUGUCGUCUCCUCGUCUCCUGGUCUCCUCUUCUCCUGCUCGGCCUUCUCGCGUGGAAUAUCGGAGUAUCCGAGUGGCCGUCGCGUCGCGCCGAGCCGAGCUCACGGCAGUCGCGUGCUGACCAGCCGACCGUGCGUAUGGUUCGGUGGCUAUCGCUCGCGAAUAACACCUGUCGCGCGCUUCAAUCUCCGAUCGAUGACAGACAAUCGCCGGAAAAAAUUCCCCGAGCCAGCCGAAAAUCCUCCACGCCAACCGCCCUUGUGAAACCCGUCGGAAAACUCGGCCGUCGAAUCCGAUCUCGAUCGAGCCCACGAUAUUUUCAGUGAAGACGAGCUCGUUCGACGAGUUCGGAUAUCCGAAGUGAAUACAUUUUACGCACCGGUGGCCAAUUUGCACUUCGAGUCAGCUCCGAAGCGGUCCGUUGAAGUUUCAGUGAUCGAUAGGGACGAUAAUUCUAUCGUAGUCCAGUUAUCGCGCUGCCGAGGAAGAAGUGCAUGUACCAAUCGCGCUCGAACGGCCGUUGUUCUCGCUUGAUGAAUUUCGAUCGAUCGUUUCGGAUCUAAGGAUCCGAUCGAGCUAGAGGAACCGGGGCUCUGUUUGUUCGAACGACGUCUUCCCUGUGCGGUGGUACGAUGCUGAACGAUAACAUGUGGAAGCACAGGCGGGUACCUGUUCCGAAAAGGACUAUCGAGCUAAUCGCUUUGAUUGCGAUUUCGAGCACACUGUUCCUUUUUCUGCACACACGAGAGCUACACUCUCGUUUACGGAAAAUGGAAGUCCGUCUCCAGCCCAGCGAAGAUGAGAUGCCGUCGGCGAAUCAACUCUCGUUCGAAGCACUCCAAACAGAUUCUAGUCCAAGUGGAACUGUCCAUUAUCCAAACGGACAUCGUCUAUUUGCAGUGAAGUACAGAGAACCGGAAGUACUGGACAUAGACGCGUUAAACAACACGAAAAGAGCUGGCAAGAACGUUUUGUUCUUCAAUCGUGUGCCAAAAGUGGGUUCGCAGACGUUUAUGGAGCUGCUGAGGAGGCUGUCUAUGAGAAAUGGCUUCUCGUUUAAUAGAGAUCGAGUGCAGAGAGUCGAGACGAUACGCCUAGCUCCCAUUGAACAGCUCCAGCUCGCCACAAUGGUCAGCAGUUACUCGGAACCAUCUGUAUACAUAAAGCACGUGUGCUUCACCAACUUCACUGAAUUCAACCUUCCGCAGCCAAUUUACAUCAAUAUAGUCCGAGAUCCUGUUGAGAGAGUGAUAUCCUGGUACUAUUACGUGCGAGCGCCUUGGUAUUACGUCGAGAGAAAGCAAAUAUUUCCAGACCUGCCUCUGCCGGAUCCCAAUUGGCUGAAGAAGGAUUUCGAGUCCUGUGUACUUAAGGCGGAUCGUGAAUGCAGAUAUCUGGAGGGCGAAAUCCACGAGGGGAUCGGCGAUCAUCGCAGACAAACGCUCUUCUUCUGCGGGCACAGCGAGAGGUGCACUCCGUUCAACACUGUUGGUGCCCUGGAACGAGCGAAAAUGGCGGUGGAGAAACAUUAUGCGGUGGUUGGUGUACUUGAAGACUUGAACACCACUCUCUCAGUAUUGGAAAAUUAUAUACCUCGAUUCUUUCGUGGCGCCACUGACGUUUAUUACGACGGAGUAAACUCCUUCACAAGAAUCAAUCGAAACUUCUUCAAGCCUCCUGUCAUCGAGGAAGUGAAGGACAUGGUGCGCAGCAAUUUCACGAGGGAAAUCGAAUUCUACCAAUUCUGCAAGCAACGGUUACACAAACAGCUGAGGGCCUUGAAAUUAUUAAAGAACGUGUAACUUUCCGAAGGCAACAGCUUCUAAUGCCGUUCUAGGGACUGAACAAAUUCGAUGGACAAGAAAACUAUUUCUACGACGUCUGCUCCGACAAAAUUGAUUGGUGUGGUUAAAGAAUAUUCAACUUGUAUGAAAGUCCGAAGAGACGAGCAAUAUUUCGUCGCAAGAAAAAGUUGCCCUGUUCGAAAUGAGAGAGUAGUAACAGCAAAAGCGAACGUCGGCGGAGUGGGAGAUUUACAAAAGAUCGUUGCCUUUGAAGAAAACUCGUGUGAUCCAUAAUGGACGUCGACCGAUCGACGCGAGAAUCAAUCUAUGUUAGCAAACAAAUAUUCCGAUAAGCAAUAUUCGUUGUGACUUGCGAAAGUGAGUGACCUGAACCUGAACGGGACGCUCGCAACGAGUGCCGUUUUUAUUUUGUGAUUGUUUAUCCUAUAUUGUAUCGUGUAACUUAAGAGGACAGUGUGAUGUAAUCCGUUGAAAAACGACGAGACUCGCGAGUACGCGCGGACGCAUGGCAUUGGUCGUACUUUAUUUAUACAUGUAUGGAAAAUUACGAUCCCUACGCGAGUGCGUAGCGUUUAUUCUUUUUAUUUCUUUUUUUUUGAAUUAUCUUUUCUUUUUCGCGGCGAUUCGAGAAUCCUUUCAAGACUGAUCAAAGAGACAGACACUGUUCUUAUCAAAGGGUACUUAAUAUCAGCAACGACCGAAACGCACAGGGUAAUCGUAGGAUAUACUGCUUUCCGGGCAACUCGGCUGUCUUUUUUAUCAACGUAAAUCGUUUUUUAAUGUCCAAUUGUUUCACUCUUUCCGUAAUAAACCGUUGCCAUUUCGAAGUGUACGAGUUUUCAUUCUUUCACCUCGCAACACCACCUCUGGUAAAAAAUCUAACAGCCACGAAGAACCGGACACUGUACUGACGGAUGUAAGAGAAGCCUCGCUGAUAAGAGUUCCAAGAAAAAUCUCUCUAAACAUUCAACCGCAGACUCAAAAGACACUAUAGAAUAGAUUCGAAUAACAGAAUUAUUUCAUAUAUUUACCCGAGCCCAUGUUCAUCUUAAAAUACACCACAUGUCAGUGUCUCACGCCACUAUAAUUAAUGAAAAUUCUACUUCUGAAUUGAUUGUAAUAUUCUACAAAUAUGAUAAACAAACUAUCUUAAA